UAUCUAUAGUAGAACAACUCCAUUCAUGAAUAGGACAGAAUUGCGCACAUGAAAGUGCCGAAAAACUCGUAAAUGAACAUUGCCUCCCCCCAAUAAUGUAACUGAACUGUUCAUGACCUUGAUGAAUAGUUCCACGAAUAUAUAGAACCGCACUGUUCGUAGAACUGUGGAAGUUUACCUCAAACUCCACGCUGGUCGAACGAAGGAAGACCAUGAGGCUGCGCAGUGGUCAUCUGUGCAUAAUGUAAUAAAACAGACCGCUGCCCAAGUGUGUUGGGUGCGCAUGUUUCUGAACUGAUGACGUAAAAUGAGAUUUUUUUCUACCUAACGUGUCCAGUACCUCUCGUUCGUGUAUAAACAGGAUACCCGCAAAAAUUAGUGUUGCUCCUCGCUUCGCUCGCAGCAGUAAUGGCUAAGGGUGGUGCGGGUAAUAUGAAAGUUUGACUAAAAACAUACUUCUUGGGGCGAACCUUGGCAUGGGACAGAUGGCAAAGAAAGGCUUAGACUGGAAAGGUCAAAUACAAUACCUCGAUUGGGACGAUGAUAAUAUUAGGCUGAGCCAAUGCAAACUCCGGGAUCGGGAAUGGCAACCAAAGCUGAAGCAUCAGUAUAUUGUUCUGGAAACAAAGAACUGGAGAAGAAAAAGAUUGGAAGACGAUCAAGGGUAUAUACAUUAUGGUAUAUCCAUACCCAAUUACCCAACCUCGAGAAGUUCAUCCUGGACAGGUAGUGGAAAUUCCAUCGAUAGGGAUGAUAAUAUGAUAACACAUGAAUUCUCGAAUGAAAAAGUGCUCACUAUUAGGCUGUACAAAUGCAAACUAUGGGAAUGGCAAAUUACUCAGUUUUAUUUGAACCAUCAGUUUGUUGUUCUGGAAACAGAGAACUGGUGGUGGGCGAUCGAAAAAGACGGAGAGGGAAUCGUACUUCAAAGAAGUAAAAGAUUAGAAGACGUUGAAGGGCACAGAACUGAUGGUACACCCAGACCCGAACCAUUAAUGCAAAUGCAUUUUCAUGACGUUCGAGAAAAGGACUUAACGAUGACAAGAAUACUGGACUACGUUGCUUUUACAAAAUUACAUCUCCCCUAUCACUUUUUAUUUGCAAACUGCAAACGUUUUGCUGCGGAGCUUUAUAAUGCGAUAAUUAAGUAUUAGGACUUCUCCCAUGCAGUACCAUACUCUUAUGAAACGCAACGGAACUGUAAGGUCAUAUUCAAGUAAAGUCGCUAGAGGUUAAUUGUGAGUUUGCUGAAGAUGUAUACACCUAUUUCAAAAGACGUUGUCGGUUGGAUAUCUGAAAUCAGAAAUCUGAGACCGACUGGAAAUGUGGGGGACUGAGUGUUUUCUCGUUCAAAAUUCAAUAUACAUUUACCCAGAUCGUUUGCCAGCACAGGUCAUCGCUCAAAGUUAGUAUAUCAAGAUAUUAACUUUUUGCGAACUACUAAUUAAAACCACAAACAAUUUACAGCUUACAACCCACAAUUCCUUUCGGUCUCAGAUUUCAGAUUUCCGACCGACAACGUUUUUUGAAAUAGGCGUAUAUCCUAAUCGCUAUUUUAGUAUAUUAGAAAUUGUUGUAUUGUUCCUUAAACCAUUGUAACGAACCAURAUUUCUUAAUACUCUUAAAAUACGUUAAUAUUAAUAUUUAUCUAAAAUAUUUAAUAUUAACUUUUAAUCAAUUAGUAGUAGGUUUAGUUUAGUCACGUUAACGUUAACGUUUGUAUUUGAUUACAAACAUUUUAGAAUCACUCCACCCUAAGGGUACUCUUGUAUCCUGCUGCAUCGAAAACAUUUAGAUUUUCCUUCUUAUGUUGUUUAGCGGGUAAUUUAGGGAUAAUAACACUAUAUUUAAUAUUCUUGUUCUAUCAUAUUGUAGACCCCUGGCAUGCAGACUACCUGUAUGAGUCCAGUCAUAUAGCCUGGUCAAGCUAAGCGAGUACUGCUCAGUGUACACCUGAUUCUAAUUGUAGUUUUAUCUUCUCUUCGUGACAUUCGAUGGCGAGUGUUCUCGAAGGGGGGAAUAAUAUGUAGAAGGGAAAAAUAUAAUCAAGGGAAAAUGUUAGGGAAAAACAUCCUAGAAAUAGAAAAUUAUCUGCUAAACCUUCUGUAAAUAAGGAAUGUAAGGAAAUCUCUUUAUUUUAAUGACAUGUCAAUAGACAACUUGUCAUUGACCAAUGGCGAGUCAUUCACAAUAACUUGUUCAUUAACUCCAGGGUCAAGGAUGUUUGUUCAUUGACAUGGCCUUACACUUCUAAUUGGGAAGUACGUUUUGUAGUAAACAACAGCUGCAAAUCUACUGUACGUUUCCAGUGAAAAUGGGUUUUGAUCAUGUACAACUUUGUACAUGCGUACUGGAAAAGAGCAGGGUUGUUUACUGUACAAACAACUACUUCCUAAGCCUUUUUCUGUUCACUUUUUCAGAAUGAUCUUUCUUAUAACUUUAGGAUAUCUUUAGUGCAAUCUGCUCUGUACUAGUUAAGUUAGCGAACGCCACCGACAGAUUUUCAGGGUCAGCUCUUAGAACUGAGUGCUCGUACUUUUUCCUAAAGUCAACACCUGUCUCAAGCUCUUACGUCAUACUUGACCUAACUGGUGUAAUCUAGUUUGACCUAGUAUAACCGGUUGUGAGGUAUUGCGUAAGCUUAGUCCUUAAAUACGAGCUUACUCAGAGUUCAGUUCAGUGAGAGUGAGUGAGAGCUGAUAGCACAGUGCACAACGAAGUAGCAGCUAGUCAAGAGCCAUAACCAGAGUUCAGAUGAGAUCAUUGUAAAGUACUACAAGCAACAGAAAAUAAACCAGAAGGAAGCAACUGAA